AAUGUAUUGAUGUGUGACUCAUAACGUGUAUAAACGAGUUGUUUAUGCAUUGAUUUCAAGCCAUUCGUGAAAAUAAUUGAGUGAUCAUUAAAUUCGGACAACACUUCAUAAACGAUGGGUCUCUUCGGCAAAGACCAGUCAAAGUCACCCAAAGAACAGGUGCGUGAGUGGACAUCACGUCUUCGUAAGCAGCAGUUCCUAUUGGACCGUCAGAUACGCGGCAUUCAGAGAGAGGAGGAGAAGGUUAAGCUCGAGCUGAAGAAAGCG